AUGAUCCCUUGUUGGCUAUUUCUGGUCCUUCUCACUCCUGCAUGUCCUACAGCCAAAAUUCAGUCCGGAGGAAUAUAUCAACAAAAGCGUGUGAUUACAGCUGUGCGUGGUGAUACAGUGACUCUUAGAUGCUUUUUGACUGGAGAAACAAGAGAUGUUUUUUUUUGGUAUAGACAAUUUGCAGGAAAAAUGCCUCAAAUUGUUGCAGAAAUGCGACACUUUUCAGAACCCACAUUUAACAAAGACCUCAGUCCUUCACGCUUUCAAAUACAGAAAGCUGAGGAUCAUAUGAAUCUUAUUAUUAAGGACAUUGAACCAUCUGAUGAAGCUACUUAUUUCUGUGGAGUUCAAGUAUCGUAUGAAAUUGUAUUUGGAGAAGCAAUAUUUUUGGCCUUGAAAGGUUCUAAUCAACAGACCACCAACUCCAUAUCCAUUGUCCAAAGUCCAGUUUUUGAGUCAGUGCAUCCAGGAGACUCAGUGACUCUGCAGUGUACAGUACUUGCUGAAAGCAGCACAGAAGAACUAAAUCUAUUUUGGUUCAGGUCAGCUUCAGAAGAAUCCCAUCCAGGAACCAUUUAUACAUAUAAAAACAGGAGUAAGCAGUGUGAAGUUAAUUCCUCCACAAGGAGUUGUCUCUACGGUCUCUCCAAGAACAACCUCAGCCUCUCUGAUGCUGGCACUUAUUACUGUGCUGUGACCACCUGUGGGAUGGUACUGUUUGGGAAUGGAACAAUGCUUGAGAUCUCAGAAAAUCAGCAAGGAAAAGGUAGUGUCAUUUGA